AUGUUAAUCAUAAUAUAUCUAUCGACCUUGUUAUUUGUGGAACAGGUAUUCGCCAAUGAUAAUUUAUUAAUGGAUUCUAAUAAAGAUGAAGAGUUUUUAACAAAUAUGUAUAUAUCAGCAUUCUUAGAUGACCAUCGUAAAAUCCGUUUGAACAUAACUUGGGAUAAUUUUUCAGAUAAAGUAGACCUAAUUUCAGUCGAUUCAAUCGAUUGUAAUCCUAUAUAUGGCGUUGAUCGAUUUCCGGUGAAAGAGGUAUCUUAUUUUAUAAUACCACCUCUUGAACUAGUUAAUCCUGCCGAUGUUCUGGAGAAUGGAUGUGAAUAUAAAGUAACGGUGGAGAGCGAGGACCACAAUCAAAAUUUAUUGCAGACUCUAAAUUACAGAAUCCCAGAUUGCGUUGAAGACAAAUGUAAAUGUAAUCCAAAAAAUGUUCCAUAUCAGAUCAGCAGCAUCACUCGAAUGCAUGACGAUGUUUAUUUUAUGAGCUGGGAUAAAAAAUUAAACAUCAGUUUGAUGAUUAUCGACAUUUCCUAUUUUAAACAAAAUCCUAGAAGAACUUCCCUUAUCAAAGUCCGUAAAGAAAAUGUAACAGAAGCAGGAGGAAAUAUUUUAUUACCAGGUCUUAACGAGGAUGUUAAUUAUGAAAUGAAUAUAAUAUAUAUGGUCGAUGGAUGUGGGUAUGUCUCAAGUAAAGUGUUUUCAGUACCUUCCAAACGAAAAACGAUAUCAAUAAUUCUUAUAAUAAUAUUAUCCACCUUAUUACUAAUUAUAUUCAUAUUUAUUGGGAUUGUGUACCGACUUAGGUCAAAACUGAAAGAAUAUAUUUGUGGUGAUAAUUACGGAAACUCAGAAGACGUGUACGCUAGCACUCCAUUGUCUUUUGUCACACUAAUGGAGCAAGUAAAUCCACAUUACACUGCCCUGGAAUUUGUAAAGAAUAAACAUAAAUACGAUAAAUACGAAUUGCCAAGAAAUAAAAUCGUUAUUAAAGAUAAAAUUGGAACAGGAGCAUUCGGGGUGGUAUAUUAUGGGCAUGCAUUCGGUCUGAAAGAUAAUCAAGGUUAUACUAAAGUUGCCAUCAAACAGUUGCGAACAGAGGCUCCAGACGAUGAAAAAGAAGAUUUACUAAAUGAAAUGAAUAUUCUAAAAAAAGUUGGUGAACACAAAAAUAUUGUGAGCCUACUGGCAUGUGUUACAAUUGAACAACCAUAUAUGAUGAUAUUAGAACUUGUAUCGGGAGGUUCCUUAAAAGAAUAUCUGAUGAAAUUGAGGGAAAAAUGGUCAAAUCGAAGAAGUAAAUUUUUCUUCGCUGAUUACUCAUUUCAAGAUUGGCAACACAAUCAGUUCAAUAGCCAGGAGUCCAAAGAUCUAAAAUAUGCAAGUGUUGCAUUUGAAAAUAGUGACAAUUCAUUUAUUCAUCUAGAAAAUAUCUCAGAAGAAGAAAAUAACUUCAAGAAUGGCAAUUCGGAAUAUAUUUCCAAAUAUUUGACUCCAUUUCGCAUAAGGCAAAUUUCUGAAAAAUCUGAAGGACCUAUUUCACCAAUUUCAAUAGCGUCUAGUGGAUUACCAUCGUGUGCAGACACUGAAAUGACUAUACUAAGCAAUGAACAUUCAGGUUCAAUCACGAGCGAUUAUACCAGUCAGAUAGAAGCUGUUCUAGACAGUAAAGAACUACAACAUUUUGCACUUCAAAUUGCUCAAGGCAUGGAAUAUUUAGAACGAAUCAAAAUUACUCACAGAGAUUUGGCAGCUAGAAAUAUUUUAAUGGCCAGUGACAAAGUGUUAAAGAUAUCAGACUUUGGACUAUCGAGAGUUGGAACCUACGUUAGCAGUAUUGGCCAAAAAUUGCCAUUAAGGUGGAUGUCCAUCGAGGCUAUUGAAGAAAAAACUUGUGAUAAUAAAAGUGACGUGUGGUCUUUCGGAGUAGUUCUAUGGGAAAUAGGUACAUUAGGUGCUUUGCCUUAUCAGAAAACUCCAAACAGUCUUGUUUUGUACAAUUUAAAAAUGGGCAAGCGGUUGGAAAGGCCCAGGAUUUGUACGGAUGAACUCUACACUUUAAUGUUAAAUUGUUGGAACGAAACUCCUGGAAAGCGACCAACAUUCUGCGGUAUAGUUCAACAAUUAGAUUGCCAAAAGAAGAAAGUUUACCUUGAUUUUAGUGUUUUAAAUCCAACUUAUAUUUUUCCUUCUGCCGCAGAAGAGAGUACCUGA